AUGUCUACUAAAGCCCAAAACCCUAUGCGUGAUUUGAAGAUCGAGAAAUUGGUCUUGAACAUCUCCGUUGGUGAAUCUGGUGACAGAUUAACCAGAGCCUCCAAGGUUUUAGAACAAUUAUCUGGUCAAACUCCAGUUCAAUCCAAGGCCAGAUACACUGUCAGAACUUUCGGUAUCAGAAGAAACGAAAAAAUUGCUGUUCACGUUACCGUCAGAGGUCCAAAGGCUGAAGAAAUUUUGGAAAGAGGUUUGAAGGUCAAGGAAUACCAAUUGAGAGACAGAAACUUCUCUGCUACCGGUAACUUCGGUUUCGGUAUUGACGAACACAUUGACUUGGGUAUCAAGUAUGACCCAUCCAUCGGUAUUUUCGGUAUGGAUUUCUAUGUCGUCAUGAACAGACCAGGUGCUAGAGUCACUAGAAGAAAGAGAUGUAAGGGUACUGUUGGUAACUCCCACAAGACAACUAAGGAAGACACCGUCUCUUGGUUCAAGCAAAAGUACGACGCUGAUGUGCUCGAUAAAUAA